CCGCUAACUCUCUCACAAGCUCUCUGUCUCUGACUCGCAGGGAAACUCGGACUUUUAUACCGAGGCUAAAUUUAGGGGGGCUGGCCAGUGCGCAGCGUCCUCAUCCUGGACGCGCUUCCUUCCUCCAGCCUUGCAUUGGUCAGAUCUGGGCAGCGAACAAUAUUUAUAAGAAAAGCAGCUCCUUCCAGGCGCACAGAUGCACAUGAGUGAAGAGCAACAGCUCAUCGGACGGCAGAAGAAGCGACGCGCUCUGUAGCUUUUUCUGGAGACUCAGUGGACUCUAGUGAUUUCCUUUAGAACUGAGAAAUUGUCUUUUCUCAAUAUUUAGGGACGUUUUUUUUCUACUUUUUAUAACGCAUGGAAAUGGCCUUGAGUGGGACCAUUUUACCAUCAAUCUCUACAUUUGCCAACCAUAAGGAGAAAUGUUGGGAAGAUAGGUGGAAGGGCAACAUGAACAGCAUUGUCCCCGACACUGAGAGCAGCUGCCUGAGCAGAAAAGACGACGAGGACUUGGAUAAGUUCUUGGAUCUUGAGUUUAUUCUCGCGAACACCACCAGCUCCGACAGCGCGCCAGCCUCCGGGACGGGGGCAGAGUCCUACCGGUCCCAGGAGUCCGGGGCGCCCGUGUAUCACCAGCAGCAACAACAGCCAGCCAAUUACACCUCUGUCCCAGACAUGAACAGCCCUCCGCCGCCUUACAACAGUCUGAUGGCCGAGCUCCUUCGCUCUGACAUGGAUACCAGCUUCCUCCCCGGGAACAGCUCCAACAUCCAAGGCAGAUUCUUGAUCAGCUCCUCGCCUUUCCAGACCACUCAGGAUUUAUUCCCCGAGCAUCCGAACAUCAAAGUGGAGCCAGCCUCCAUGGACACGUACGGACCUGUGAUGGGUCUGGUGCCUCAAAGCUGCACCAAAAUCAAACAUGAAGGGAACGUCUCCUGUAUGAUGUCAUACGAGCAGCACCCGCGGCUGGCCAACUCCCCGCAGGCCGCCGUGGGCAGCAUGACGCCGCCACUCAGCCCGGACGACCUGAUGAGCUCAGAGUGCCACCAGCAGCAGAUGUGCAACUCCACCUCGCUGACAUUCCCUCAGAGCUUCCACCCUCACCAUCGAAGCGCACCCGCGGGAUUUCCUCACCCGCACCCCGGGAUUCAGCUUUCUUUCCCCGGGGCGCACCACCAUCACCAGUUCUCCGGUAUGUUUGGGGAAGACGCGACCAUGGGCAUGCAGCAGCAGCCAGCGGCCGGCCAGCGGGUCCUGCUCACUCCACCGUCUUCCCCGCUGGAAAUGAUGGACACCAAGCCAAAAAGAGGUCGCCGGUCCUGGCCGAGGAAACGCACAGCCACACACACCUGCACUUUCGCCGGCUGUGGGAAGACAUAUACCAAGAGCUCGCACCUGAAGGCGCACCUCAGGACGCACACAGGAGAGAAACCAUACCACUGCAGUUGGGAGGGUUGCGGUUGGAAGUUCGCUCGUUCUGAUGAGCUAACACGUCACUUCCGGAAGCACACCGGACACCGGCCGUUCCAGUGCCACCUGUGUGAACGGGCUUUCUCCCGGUCUGAUCAUCUGGCCCUGCACAUGAAAAGACACAUGUGAGGACAGUCUCCAGGGAUGAAAAGACAGAAGACAAGGACUUGUAUGCACCGCAUUAGCCUGAUAAAAGACCUAUAAUAAUCCUAUGAUCAGCUAUAGAAGAAUGCUAUGCAAAUGUAUCACAGCCAUAAAUGCCUAUAGGAGUAUUAAUAGUGGUACCACUGCAGGAUAAACUGCAAUACAGUAUGAUGAGGCCACUAUUGACUAUACUGUAAUACCGACAGGUAUAUUAUAGGAAUAUUAUAGUGAUUUUUCAUUGGGGCAAAAGGAGCAUCAACAUAGAUGCCGUCUUAUAUUUUGUAAAAGAAAUUAUUUAAAGUUAUUUUCUGAAAUGAGACAAGUGACAAACAAACAUGACCACACAUAAUGAGUAAAACAAAACAAAUAUGACAGAAACAGAUGAAUUCUGUUCAGACUAAACAAUGUAGCUGGUACUACUUUUUGUAUGGAAUGUUGUUUAUGUAAACAACAAAAAAUAAAAGGAACAUUCCACUCAACAUGUCAGGCACAUGCCACUGAAGCAACUGGAAGCAGACAAUCCUUUGAAGAGCAAUGUUUUUUUGUAUUUUUACCAUUAGUGCCUUUUAUAACAUUUUAUUACACAUCUUACGAGUGCCAUAUUCUCCACUGGCUAGAAACAACCAAAGUUUGAUUCUGUGUGUUAUAUUGUAAGUGUAAACAGCACAUGAAAUAAGCUUUGAGACAAUGUUUUUUUCCUAAAACUGCCUUUCAUUCUGUCCUCUUUAAAGGCUUGAAUUGAAUAUUGUGUCUGUGAGUCUGUGAGUCUGUCUGUUUUCUACUAGCAUUUGAAGUCAGGGUUUUACAGUAGAAGUCUCACAGAAGUGCAUGCCAUCUCAAAGCCACCUGAUUGACAAAGGGCUACAAAGUCUUUGGCUUUAAGACUUGUUUGUUUGUGUCUUGAAGAAAUGUACUACAUUGUAAAUAAAAAACUGUUUUAUAUAAUGUAAAUAGUUUAUUUUAAUUGUACAUAUUAAACUAAUUGAACAACA